AUGAGAGAGAGAGAAAAGGAUGAGCAAAAUGGGGUCGAAGGUCAAACGGAUCGAAUGCCCAAAGAUACAUCAAAGAGUAAGGAUUGGGCUGCGGCUGAUCUUGAAAAGGUCACUGAUUUCAAUGAAGACAGCGACAUCGGUCGAGAGGUGUCCAAUGAGAAACUUGACAGCUUAAUCAGUGGACCUAGCGGACCACUGAGAGAAAGCGGGAAAGUUGUCAAUGUAAAGAAAGAGGACGUGCUGCUUAUCAUGGAUGAAUUAGAAUUGCCAAGAAUUCGAGCGGAGAAAAAGCUGAUUGAACAUAAUGGUGACAUCAUAGCCGCAACAAAGGAUCUCCUAGGCUUUUGA